UACCGCCUGCAGCAGCUGUUCUCUGUUUUAUGAAUGAAUUUUGGGAGUGGUCGUGAUGUCAAUGUACUCGUCGAAAACCUCCCACCCUCAGACGCUGGAAAAGCCUUCAUAACCUCCACGUAUCCCACGCACUUGCGCAUCAAUUCGCAUCCCCGCACCUGCUCUCCUGUCAGAAGAACCAGAUCCAGCCAGUCUGCUGAGGGGCUUGAUGACGUCAGGAGACCUCCCCACCUCCCCGGCUCUCGCUCUUUUUCUCUUGACUUAAAGAGUGGCAUGAAUAAUCCAUUGCACAUAAAGAACUGCAGCAGUAAGAGACGUAAGCAGAGGCUCGCUCGUGCACGCACGCACACCCUCAGACGCACGCACGCUCGCGUGUAUCGCGUGCUGGACUUAUGGGAGCAGAACUGAGGGGCGUGUGAGACUGCAGUGCAUCUUUAUUCUCGUGCAUCUCUCGACGUGUGAAGAACCAUCGCGGUUUCUCUCCUCACCGCGAUCUAAAGCUCAAGUCGUCAUGUUUUGCUUUUGCCUGCAGGGCUCUCUGUUGAAGCUCCAGGCUCUGGAAGGAGACUCCAGUCCUUCAUCAGAACCAUCACCAGAAGAUAAUCCACUAAACCUCGGAUUCAAAGAGGAGAUCCAGAUUCCUUCGUGCAACGGUGUUGGAGAAGAGAAAAGUCCUGUAGGGUUCCGAUUGGCAGAGGUUGACUGUAGCAGUGAUCUUCAGCAGAGCCCAGGACCAAGUCGACUCAUUCAAUACAUUACAGAUGAUAACAGUCCUCUGCCCUCACCACGCUGCUCCAGCCUCACUCAGAGCCAACGCUUUAACACAGAUCCUGAAUCUGCACCAUCUCCACCCUGUGCACAGCAUCUCAUCAUGGCUCGUGGCGUUGUUAGAACGGAAACUCCAGGUGAUGUUAAGGAAGCAACGUCCAUCACACUGCUCACAAAACACAUCCAAACACUUAAGAGGAAAUUGCGCAAAUUUGAUGAGCGUUUUGAGCAAGAGAUGAACUAUAAGCCUUCACACAAUGAUAAAUCAGCAAAUCCAGAGAUUUUCAAACUCAUGAGUGAACUGUCCAGAUCACGCAAGCAACUCAAAGAUUUAAAGCUGAAACAGUCAUAUGAAGAAACACAAAGACAAGAAGAAAGUGAGACCACAGAUAUCUGCAGGUACACAAACGGCCACCAGGAUCCUUCAGAUCAGCAGCAGCAGCACAAACCCAUUCUGGAGGAGACGGUGGAGAUGCUCCUGAAACGCCUGCGUGAGAAACGUCAGUCGCUCGGCCUGCCAGACAACAUGAAGGAGAUGACCCAAAGACAGAUGGCUUUAGAGAAGAUCACACUGCAGAAAUGUUUGCUGUAUUUCGAGAGCUUACACGGUCGUCCUGGUACAAAACAAGAAAGAAAUCUAGUGAAACCUCUUUACGACAGAUAUCAGAUGGUGAAGCAUCUCCUGUGUGCCACGCCCACCAUCACCACCAUUGAAGAAGAGGAGGGUUCAGAUGAUGAUUCGGUCCGGUACACACCGCCUCCAAUUUUUCUGACAGACAGGACAUGCUGUGGGGGAGAGGAGGGUGACAGCGACACAGCAUUCGUCUCACCGAUGGAUGAGAUCAAGACAGUUAGACAAUCUUCUGUAACCAUGUCUAACCUUCACGAGGCCUCCAGGUCUGAAUUGCUGGAAUGUUUGCGCGAGACCCGAGCUGAGAAGAGAAGACGACGUAAAGCCAUCCGAGAGUUUGAGGAGCAGUUUUACAGACAGAUGGGAAGGAGCGCACAAAAAGAUGACCGAAUCCCCAUGGCCGAGGAAUACCAGGAGUACAAAAGUCUCAAAGCCAAAUUACGCUUACUGGAAGUGUUGCUCAGCAAACAAGAAACCACAUAGAGUCUCCGCCUUUCCGUAUUAAACCCGGUGUUCGGACCAAAUCGAGUUUGUACAUCUGACAUGUUUGUGCCAUAAUGACGCUGAAAUGCACUUUAAUGUUAUUUACGUGUUGAUCUGACCCCACUGGAAGUCUUGUGGGUCGGGCCGAACCAAGCAAGGCCUUUUGAUGCCUUCCAUAACAUACAGUGUGCAAUCCUGUACAGAUCAAGAUGGAUCAAUACAGACCUCAUGAAGAUUUUAA